GUCCGUUCAAGCUCGUCAUAAAAACGCUAAACGAAGCUCAAAUUGUUUGGGCCAUUUCUCUUUAGCGUGCGGUAGCAACGAGCGUCAGCCACCGAUCGCAAUCUUUGGGGGAUCAUUAAGAUUUCCGAGCACUACUUUUAACCUCGUUUUUGCUAUGCGGCUGGCUGGAUGCCUCUCCUGCAGCUCCAGCGGUUAUAUAUACUGGACUGCUGCCUCCCUUCCGCUGGUGCUGGCUGCCUGGCUUCACUCUGUGCUCUCCUCCCCGAAACCCCUCUCCCCUCCCAAAUCUUCACAAGCAACCGGAGUCAGCAGAGAAACAACAGGGAAGGCAGCAGAGGUUUCUCUUCUUGAUUCUCCCACUUACCCUUCUCCAUGGAUUCUUGCUGCCCAGACAUGCUUCUUCUAAUCUUCUUCCAUGACAUCUGAAUGUUCUUGCAUGAUAAUCUGAAUCCUUCUUGGUUGAUUUUGGUUUUCUUCCAUGAUUAUUGCCCUCAACGGAGUUGGAUUUUUGUUUUCCUUGUGUGUUGAUAGAAACAGAGCAGGGAGGAAGGAACAAGAGGGGUGACAGUCGGGAAUCGGUAAGAACAAGGUGCUGGGUCUGUACUCUGUACAAUGGCUUCAUCAUCCGAUCCUGCCGUUGUACCUGGACGCAGAUGACGUCAGGAGUCCUGAGCGAUCUGCAGGUUACAUUUUCUUCGCUGCUGCUACAAAAAUUAGUACCCAAUUCUAGAGGAGGAGAUUUCAUACUAGAUGUCGUCAAUUCUUGCAAUAUCUCUGGGAGGUGCUGCAGGAGGUGUGGCACUAUUAGGCGCCGUCACAGUCCUUGUAGUGCUAUGCCUGCGGCACCGCAGAAGAACUUCAGAUUCUUCAGAGAGUAAUUCCUCGGGUCCAUCUCAUCCAGACAUGCAGGGAGCAAGAUGUAUGCCACUGGAGGAACUGAAGUCUGCUACAAAUAACUUCAGCAGUUCGAAUCUCAUUGGAAAUGGAAUGUUCGGAGAGGUAUUCAACGGUUUACUCCAGGAUGGCACAAUUAUAGCUGUUAAAAGGCGGCAUUCUCCUCCUAGCCAGGAAUUUAUUCAAGAGGUUAAUUACCUAUCGUCUAUCCGUCAUCGUAACCUUGUAAAACUUUUGGGAUAUUGCCAGGACAAUGGCAUGCAGAUGCUUGUCUAUGAGUAUGUCCCCAAUGGAAGUGUUUCUACACAUUUGCAUGGAAAUGGCCAUGCUCCAACUGUAAGGCUAGAAUUCAAGCAGAGGCUUUCUAUUGCUCAUGGAACUGCUAAAGGCCUAAGUCACCUACAUUCCUUGACCCCUCCUGCUGUUCAUAUGAACUUCAAAACGGUUAAUGUCCUGGUGGAUGAGGAUUUCACACCAAAAGUUGCUGAUGCUGGGAUCCGAGGCCUUCUUGAUCGACUAGGCAGCGCUGACCCAUCUUCAAGGAUUUGUAACGAUCCAUUCCUUGAUCCACGAGGGAGGGAGGCCAUGAUUUUUUCCAUACAAAGUGAUGUAUACAGUUUUGGUGUGUUCCUUGUGGAGUUGAUCAGUGGAAGGAGAGCUGUGGCUGAUAAAAGCAUUAUUGAAUGGGUACAAAACUUUCUAGAAUCAAGUGAUAUCUCUGCAAUAGCAGAUAGCAGAAUGGCCAGUGGCUUUACCUCAGAAAGCAUGAAGGAAUUGUUGCGCUUGGCGUCUUGGUGCCUGAACCAGAUGGGUGAGCAUCGUCCAUCGAUGAGCUUGGUGGAGGCUGAGAUACACCGGAUACGCGAGCAAGAGAUCAGGCUGACGACGAUCAUGCCAGAAGCUACUACAACUGUGACUCUAGGCAGCCAGCUCUUCACAGCAUCAAGAUGAUGUAGAAUGGAAUGUUAUAGCUAGUUUCCUCUUUCAGGGUUAUAGAUUAGCUAUUCUAUCUCCAUUUUUUUCACCAUUAGCUUAUAGUGAGUUAGCUUGUCAGCUGUUAACUCAAGUGUACAAAAAAGGAGCAGCUGUGAGCUUCCUUUUUCGCCCUGGAUUCUUUUCUUUGUUAUUUUCCAUAGGUUUUAAGCUUGAACUAGAAAGCAUGAUAAUUAUUUUUUUUGUUAGACAUUUAUAACACCUAAAGGGUGCCGCCAAACUGGCGAUUAUAUAUAUCUACCGCAUUAGCCGGGCAUAUUGUUUUCUGAUAAUAUUUGGGAGAAGAUCAAAUAACCAUGCAGUUGCAUGAAGACCAAGGAAUAAUGUGCUACCUGAUCAAGGCUCUCUCCAGGGAACAUGCAAAUAUGUAACGAAAGAAGCCUUGCAUACAUAUGAGAAUGAAACAAACUCUUCAGCUCUGCUGCUUUAUUUAAA